AUGUACUAUCAUGACAAUACGCUGCAGUCUUUUUGUUGGAUUCAACGAACUGUAAGAGACUUCACCUUAUAUGGAGCUUACGUCAUGCCCAUCGACCCGAUCGGCGCUUGGUGGUGAUCGCGUUUCAGUGUCUUUGGCGGGUGCAUGCAAAGUCCAGCACAGACCUUACCCUUCAUAUUUCUUACUUUUCACUUUCACCCAUACCAACAUCUAGGAUAUCCCACAUACAUUUGUAGACAUGUCCGGAUCCCAAACUCCUUCUGAGAUGCCCGGAGAGGGUGUACCGACAGCCCAGAAGACUAGCUGGGCUACCUUCCUCAAGUCGAUCGCUUCAUUCUCUGGAGACCUUUCGUCUCUGACAGCACCACCAUUCAUUCUCUCGCCCAUUUCUCUUACGGAAUUUCCAGCCUAUUGGUGUGAACGCCCGGAACUUUUCUCUGCUAUAGCAGAUACCAACACAGACGAGGAGAGAAGUAUCGCCGUUCUCAAGUGGUUCAUCAGCACUCUGAAGGGACAAUAUACUUCUCGCAAUGAGAAACUUGGGUCGGAGAAGAAACCACUCAACCCCGUUCUUGGCGAAUUGUUCUUCGGUUAUUGGCCAGAUAUAAAUGGUCGUGGCCAGACAAAUCUCGUAGUCGAACAAGUCUCGCACCACCCUCCAAUUACAGCAUACCACAUCUGCAACCCAACUAAGGGCCUCGAAUUGCAAGGACACAGUGCACAGAAAACUAGCUUUAGCGGUGGUUCAAUCAUCGUCAAACAGAUUGGACAUGCUAUUCUCACCGUACGCUCACCGGCUGACGAAAUUGUUGAUCAGUUCCUGAUCACCUUACCUAAACUUCGAAUCGAUGGCCUGUGGUAUGGAAGCCCAUAUAUCGAACUGACAGAGACCAGUUAUAUCGCUAGUAUGCACGGAUGGUUGAGCGUUAUCGAAUACAAGGGCAAAGGUUACUUCGGCGGCAAAUCUCAUCAAUUCAAGGCUCAAGUAUACCCACCAUCUCCACUACACACGGCUGCCCUACCUACACCUUCCACCACAGCCAAACAUACACUCGAGGGCUUAUGGCACUUGACGAGCAAAGAUAAUAGGACGGGUGAAACCUUCACGGAUGUCACGACACCGAAGGAAGAGGUUACUACGUUGUACGAAGGUUUGGACGAGAUGAAUGAGUGGGAGAGCAGACGCCUUUGGAGAUGGGUCUCAAAGGGUAUUAGAGAGGGCGACUUUGAGGCUGCAAGUAGGGAGAAGAGUAAGAUUGAGAACGAGCAGAGGCAGAGGAGACGGGAUGAGCAGGCGGAUGGCACGAAUUGGCAGUUGAGGCAUUUCAACCAUAUAGACAGUGAUCCCAUAUACGAGUUGCUUGGCAAGCUCUUCAAAGCCCAGCCGCCCCUUGAAGAUGCUUAUAUCUUCAAACAUAAUGGGCCUUUCACCUAUACCCCCGAGUCUUCUUAGAGAUGAUGCUGUUAGGCAGCAUGCUAGAGUGUACGGGUUGAUGGAGUCCUUGGUCCGUAUAGUAGUUGACAGUGAUUGUGAUACCUCGACACCGUUGUGGACUCGACGGCUGUGCGUUUCUUUUCUUGUAUGAUAGACUUUUCUGAGGUCCGGUCUUCUCUCUUUCCUUUGCAUAUCGAAGUUGUGAGACAUCGUGUCCUACCCUCUUUUCUAUAAUACGACUCUUUGUGGUACUUUUUACGUAUAAACCAUAGCGCGCACGCGGUUUGGGAUGUGAUUUCGCGUAGAGGUGAGCUCGGCAUAUUGGCAAAUACAACCUUGUAUCUUCCU